CUCAUCUUCAUCCCAUCCCCGCUGUAACAUGUCCAAAGCUGUCGUUCUCGGAGCUGCCGGUGGCAUUGGGCAACCACUGUCUCUCCUCCUCAAGUGCAACCCGCUCGUCAAGGAGCUCGCGCUGUACGAUAUCGUCAACACGCCUGGGGUUGCGGCAGAUCUGUCCCACAUUUCUACGCCGGCGAAGGUGCAAGGGUACUUGCCUCCCGAUGACGGAUUGAAGAAGGCCUUGGCGGGAGCUGACAUCGUCAUUAUCCCUGCGGGAGUACCGAGGAAGCCUGGGAUGACCAGAGAUGACCUUUUCAAAAUCAAUGCCGGUAUUGUGCGCGAUCUUGCGAAUGGCAUCGCGACCGCUGCGCCCGGUGCUGCGGUGUUGGUCAUCUCCAACCCCGUCAACUCCACGGUCCCAAUCGUUGUAGAGGUCUUCAAGAAGCACGGCGUUUUCAAUCCAAAGAAGAUCUUUGGUGUCACUACGCUUGACGUUGUACGCGCAUCCACGUUCGUCUCUGAAGUGCUCGGAGACCUGUCUCUGGCUCCGUCAGUCAAAGUCCCCGUGGUUGGAGGGCACAGUGGUGUCACGAUCGUGCCGUUGUUCUCCCAAGCUUCUCAUUCCCUCCCGCCUGGCUUCUCCAAGUCGUCCCUCGAGGCUCUCACGAAGCGCGUGCAGUUCGGAGGAGACGAGGUCGUCAAGGCGAAGGAUGGUGCAGGUUCUGCUACUCUAUCGAUGGCCUAUGCUGGCGCGGAUUUCGCAGACAAGGUGUUGAGGGCACUGAAGGGCGAGAAGGGACUUGUGACUCCCAGCUUCGUCCAUCUUACCGCCGACAAGGCUGGAGGUGAGAAGAUCAAGAAAGAGAUCGGGAAGGAGAUCGAGUACUUCUCUGUCCCGGUCGAACUUGGGCCGGAAGGUGUGGCCAGUCUGCAGAGCCUUGGACCGAUCAACGAGUACGAGAAGUCUCUCAUCGCGGCGGCCGUGCCUGAUCUGAGUGGUAACAUUGACAAGGGUGUCUCCUUCAUUGAAUCUUCCAAGUUGUAGAUGUAGCCGAAGCAGACGGGAGGAGAAAUAGUAGAGUAUUGCUGCGUCAAUUGUACUGUAUAAAAGAACUGUUAUGAAGUUGAAUGUCUCAGA